AGAGAAGGAAGGGUUUCCUAAAUGUGUCUGUACCUUUAAGAAACAAAGGGGCCGGUUGAGAUGAGGAAGUGAAGACGACUGACUUUCGUUUCCCUCACGAAACUUUUAUUUAUACCUGAACCUUGUACAUCGGAAAGGGGAACUGACGGCUGCCGAAAACAAAAGCGACACAGUCACAGAGGUGGUGUAUUGUGUUUCUGUCAAAGCCGAUGCACAGACUUUUCAUCCCGGUGCCCGCGUGGAGCCCCGCGCGAGAAACAUGAUGGAUGCAUCUGAUCGAGAAGAGUUGGUCGGGGAUGCUGAUCAGCCUGUAGCACCUCCCAAUGGCGUCAUCAAUGAACUGCUGCAUGUGGGACAAGAAGGCAACAUGCAGGGCCAGAUGGAGGAGUUGCUGGGCCCGCAGGCAGAGUACAACGAGGAGGAAGAGGAGAGGAAAUACUACAGGAGGAAGAGGCUGGGUGUCAUCAAGAAUGUUCUUGCUGCCAGUGUUGGAGCCACGAUUGUGUACAGCGUGUACAUGGGCCUACUGCAGAUGCAGCUGAUCCUCCAUUAUGAUAUGACUUACCGUGAGGUGAAGUACAGCAACCUUGGCCUAGAGGACAUCGAUCGCAAGAUGCUGAUGGGCAUCAAUGUCACCCCCAUCAUAGGCCUGCUGUACACUCCUGUACUUAUCAGGUUUCUAGGCACUAAGUGGAUGAUGUUCCUAGCUUCAGGAAUCUACGCACUCUUUGUCUCAACCAAUUACUGGGAGCGGUACUACACCUUGGUUCCAUCAGCUGUAGCCAUCGGCGUGGCCAUUGUGCCGCUCUGGGCCUCCUUGGGAAAUUAUAUCACAAGGAUGGCGCAGCAGUACUACGAGUACGUCAACUACAAGGAAGACCAUGUGCAGGAGCAGAAGAAGCUCCCUAAGGGAGCGUGCCACAACUACAUCAUUGUCUUCCAGUCAGUCUUCUACAUCAUCUUCCAUCUGAGUUUCGUCUUCGCGGAGUUCCCCAUGCGCUUCGUCCUCAACGACUACCUGCAUGAGAACCAACACAUUCUCUUUAAUGUCCACUCCUGCGGAGCAAACAUUAGUGGAGUGAUCCCCGGCUUCAACACCACUGUGCUUACCAACCUGCCUCGCUCCAUGCUGCUCAUCCAGGUGGAGAGUGUCCUCAUGGGCUUCGCCUUCCUCGCCAUGAUCAUCUUCCUUGUGCUGUGUGGUGCUGCCUACCGCCCGACAGAAGAAAUCGACCUCCGCAGUAUUGGCUGGGGAAACAUCUUCCAGCUGCCUUUCAAACACCUGCGAGACUACCGCCUGCGACUGCUCUGCCCCUUCUUCAUCUACAGCGGAUUUGAAAUGCUGUUUGCAGUCACUGGAUUUUCCCUGUCCUAUGGCGUCUGCGCUUUGGGCCUGAAAAAGCUGUGGCUCCUUAUAGUAGUCUAUGGCCUCUCCUGCUCCGUAUUCUCUUCCCUCUCCCUUUGCCUCCUACACCUCCCGCGCUGGGUGUGUCUGGUGGGGGGCGCUGCUGUGCAUGCAGUGCUGCUGGUGGUGCUCCUGGCGUUUUCUCCACCUCCUAAAAGUCCGGAGUAUCUGGGCCCUCUGCUGGUGAUCUCUGUGCUGUGGGGGCUUGGCACAGCUCUGAACAAGACGGGCGUCAGCACUCUGCUUGGUAUGCUCUACGCUGAGGAAAAAGAACGUCUGGACUUUGUCUACACCAUCUAUCACUGGUGGCAGGCCAUCGCCAUCUUCAUCGUCUACCUCUGGUCCAACCUGCCAAUGAGGGCCAAACUCUCCAUCCUGUUGGCCACUCUACUGCUGGCCUGCUACUGUUAUUGGGUGAUGGAGCGUCGGCUGGCCAUGAAGGUGCCUUUCAGACUGCCUCGCAUCCCGCGGCCACGGCACAAGGUCAAAGGUUACCGCUACCUGGAAGAGGACAACUCAGAUGAGUCAGACUCUGAGAAAAGUGUGGAGGAUGACGAAGAGGAGGAGCACGAAGAGCAUGUGGCGGAGGAGAUGGGAGCAGAGGACGGGGAGGAAGGAGGCCAAGACGCCGGGGUCCAGGGAGUUGACUCACCCAAAGCCAGGAGGAGGGGGGCCGAGGGUCACCGCCACAGACGGGAGGACGCCCAUGUGAAGGAGGGAGUGAGAGAAGAGCGUGAGGGAGGUUGAGAGAGGAGACAAAGGAGGAAUGAGGGAAGAUUUUGGACAGAAUGUUGACAAAAAUGUGAGAUUAGCUGGACGCUGUUGU